AUGAAAACAAAAAUCAAUAACGACAAAUCACCAAAAAAUGAAAUGCCGAGUUCGAUAGUUGAGACAGUAAGUCAAGAGGAACUUAAUGAAGCACUAAAAGUCUUGUUGAAUACUCCUUAUCAAAAAAGGAAAAAAUUAACCCAACUCCUCAAAAAAGACGAAAGACUAAUAAUAGACGGCAAUCUUGCCAAGAACAAAAUUAUUGAAUUGGCUCUGAAAUUUGACAAAGAACUUUUAAAACUUCUUCUUUCCUCCCCCGAAAUUAAAAAAAUAUUUUUCCAAGAAGUAGAUGAUAUUCUCGUUUUUGACAAAAUAAAAUUUCAAAGUUUCGUUUCUAAUAAACAAUUUCUCCCGGAUAUUUUAACCAAUUUUCAAAAAUACGAAGCAGGAAAAGAAGUACCAAUUAACGAUAUUUUGCCAAACGACAAUUUAAUUAUCAAAGGCAAUAAUCUCCUCUCCCUUUAUUCUCUAAAAGAAAAAUAUCAAAGCAAAAUCAAAUUAAUUUAUAUUGACCCCCCUUAUAAUCCAGAUAGUAAAUCGAAUACUUUUGUUUACAAUAAUGUGGCAAUUGACGAAAAAGAAUUAGCAAAACUUAAAAUUUUAUUGGAAGAAAUAUUUCGUGGCUAUGAAAUUCAUUGUAUAACUAUAGUUCACAUGCCUCAAGGCACGCAGUCAGUAAAUUUUGCUUACAUUCAUGAAUACGCUAUUUUUGUUAUUCCAGAAGGCAAAAAAAACCUUCGUCGCGGAGAUAAUUUGAGAAGUGACGCUAAAAAUUGCUUUUAUCCCAUAAUUGUCGAAAAUGAUAAAGUGAUUGGCUUUGGAGAAGUUUUGAGUGAUGAUGAACACCCAAAAGGCUCCGUUGUUGAGAAGGAUGGUAAAUUUUGGAUUUAUCCAAUAGAUAGCAAUAACAUUGAAAGAAAGUGGAAUUAUGCCCGACAAAAUGUGGAAGAAGUAAAAAAAUUUCUACGAGCCCGAAAAACGAGAAAUGGCUGCUAUGAAAUUGAAAUUGGCAAAGAUUUUGAAACUUACAGGACACAAGACGGCGGAAACCGAAAAUUUAUUAUUUGCGAGCAAAUGGAUUAUAUUGAGACAGUAACCAAAGAAAGAAUUAGAAAAGUUUGUGAAAUUGAUAAUAAAGGCUCUUUUGUUUAUUGUGAAUUAGCGGAAUUUAACCAAGGAUUUAUUAAUCAAAUUCAAGAAGCAAAAAAUACUGUCGAACUCUGGAAAAUCUGGGAGCAAAUGAAAAAAAUUGCUUUUUUAAGUUAUAAAAUAGAGCCGAAAGAUAUUGAUAAUACUAAAAAAGAGUUUGAAGAAUUAUCUUUUGAAGAACAGCAAAAAUUUUUGAUUUCCCUUUUGGAUAAAAAUCUUUUGUAUGUUCCUUAUUGUGAUAUAGAAGAUGAAAGUUAUGAAAUGUCCGAGGAAAAUUUUGAAGGCAAAUCAAAUCAACCCCAACUCCUAUUUCUCAUGGCAACCGGCAGCGGCAAAACUUUAAUGAUGGCCGGAUUAAUUUUGUAUUUAUAUCAACAAGGCUAUCGUAAUUUUCUCUUUUUUGUUAAUAGCACUAAUAUUAUUGAUAAAACCAGAGAUAAUUUUUUGAAUGACACUUCAAUUAAAUAUCUUUUUAAUAAAUCUAUCUCUUUUGAGGAUAAGAAAAUAAUUCUCCAAGAAGUAGACAAUUUUCAAACUACCGAUAACGAUAAUAUUAAUAUUUGUUUUGAAACUAUUCAAGGGCUUCAUUCUCGUUUAAAUACUCCCCGUGAAAAUAAUUUGACUUAUGAAGAUUUUCAAGACCAGAAAAUUGUUCUUAUUUCUGAUGAAGCACACCACAUCAAUGUGGAAACUAAAUCUGGCUCAAAACCUUCCAAAGAGGAAAAAGAAGAAAUAAAAAAAUACGCUCCUAGACUUAUUUUUGAUUAUCCUCUCAAAGAGUUUCGCCGCGAUGGUUAUUCCAAAGAUGUAAGAGUAUUACAAACGGACGCUGAGCCGUUUGAACGUGCUCUCCAAGCCGUAUUACUCAGCCAAUAUCGCCGCAAAAUAUUUGAAAAAAAUGGCAAAAUAAUAAAACCGGUUAUUUUAUUUAAAUCUAAAACCAUUAAGGAAAGUGAAGAAUUUCAAGAAAGAUUUGUAAGGGGCAUAGCAGCGCUUACAAGUGAUAAACUUAAAGAAAUUGAAAUCAACUCCAAAGACGAAUCUUUAACAAAAGCGUUCAAAUAUUUUGCUACUAAUAAAAUCUCCUUAGAUAAUUUGGUUGCUGAACUACAAGAAGAUUUUUCAGCGGAAAAAACGCUCUCGAUUAAUAGUCAAAAUGAAAGUGAAAAAAAUCAAUUAGCCGUAAAUACUUUGGAAGCCCCUAAUAAUGAGUAUCGAGCUAUUUUUGCGGUUGAUAAACUUAAUGAAGGCUGGGAUGUGCUUAAUCUUUUUGAUAUUGUUCGUUUGUAUGAUACUCGUGAUGCCAAAAACAAUAUACCAGGACCAACUACCAUUAAAGAGGCUCAACUAAUAGGAAGAGGAGCGAGAUACUGCCCUUUUAAAAUUAAUGAAACUCACGACCCUUCGCAACGAAAAUUUGACCGCGACCUCCAAAAUGAAAUGCGGAUUUGUGAAGAAUUAUACUAUCACAGCAAUUAUAAUCCUCGUUAUAUCCAAGAAUUAACUUCAGCUCUGAUAAAAACCGGAAUUAUCCCGGAUAAUACCAUCAAAAUAAAACUUGCCAUUAAAAAAGAAUUUAAAAAUACGGAAUUUUACCAGUCUGGUCUUUUAUUUCUCAAUCAGCCGGAAAAAUAUUCGCGAAAUGAUGUUUGGGAACUGCCAUCGGCAAUACUUAAUUUUCCCUACCAAGUAUCGCUCCGGACAAAUAUUAGUCUUUCCCGAGACCUUUUUUUUGAAAGAGUGAAAAUAACUGUUUCUGGUCUGAAAUCUCAACUCCAAGAAUUAAAACCGGAGGAUGAAAUUAAAAUUUUAACAAAAACUAUCGGGCAAAUUACUUCUAGUUUGGCUUCCAACAGUCCUGUAUUCAGAGGAAGUAAAGAAUUUAAACACAUCUUAUUAAAAGAAAAAAUUGAUGAUAAAGAACUCAAUUUUGCCCCAAAUGAAAAUUGUUUUGGAACUUCUGAGGAAAAAUAUUUUGUGAAAUAUAUUGAUAGAAUAUACGAUAAACUGCAAGAAAAAUACGACCAAAUUUAUUUAGUUCGGAAUGAGCGAUUUUUCAAACUCUAUAAUUUUGAAGACGGAAAACCUUUUGAACCGGAUUAUGUGCUAUUUUUGCGGCAAAAAAAGCCUUCUAAAAAAUUGUAUUAUCAAGUGUUUAUUGAGCCAAAAGGCACUUAUCUUAAAGAAAAAGAUAUUUGA